AUGGCACACAAGCUCACCUCCUCGCUGCCAGCAUGGCAAAAGCUUCAGCAGCUCUACGACACCAAGGGCAAGCAGAUCAACCUUGGUCAGGCUUUCAAGGCGGACCCCAAGCGAUUCGACAAGUACUCUCGCGAGUGGAACUCCAAGGCCACCGAUGCUCGCAUCCUCUUCGACUACUCCAAGAAUUUGAUCGACGAUGAGGUGAUCGAGCAGCUCCUUGCUCUCGCCGACCAGGCCCAGGUCAAGCAGCAGAUCGACGCCAUGUUUGCUGGCGAGCACAUCAACGCCUCCGAGGACCGCGCCGUGCUUCACGUCGCUCUCCGUGACGUUCCCGGCGAUUUCAAGAUCAACGAGGCCGGCGUCGAUGAGGUCAAGCCCGAGCUCGAGCACAUGAAGGCUUUCUCCGAAGCCGUUCGCUCCGGUGCCCACAAAGGUUACACCGGCAAGACUAUCAAGAGCAUCGUCAACAUCGGUAUCGGUGGCUCCGAUCUCGGUCCCGUCAUGGUCACAGAAGCGCUUAAGCCUUACUCCAAGCGCGACCUCGAUGCCCACUUUGUCUCCAACAUCGACGGCACUCACAUGGCCGAGACGCUCCGUGUCUGCGACCCCGAGACCACCCUCUUCAUCGUCGCCUCCAAGACCUUCACCACCCAGGAGACCAUCACCAACGCCACCACCGCUCGUGACUGGUUCCUCGAACACGCAAAGGACAAAGCUCACGUCGCAAAGCACUUUGUUGCGCUCAGCACCAACGUAAAGGCCGCCACCGAGUUCGGUAUCGCAAAAGAGAACAUGUUCAAGUUCUGGGACUGGGUCGGAGGCCGAUACUCGCUGUGGUCCGCCAUCGGUCUCUCUAUCGCCAUCGUCAUCGGCUACGACAACUUCGAGCAGCUCCUCCUCGGUGCUCACGAGAUGGAUCUGCACUUCAAGAAUACCCCUCUCAAGGACAACUUGCCCGCCCUUCUCGCCCUUGUCGGUAUCUGGUACAUCGACUUCUUCGGUGCCCAGACGCAGGCCAUCCUGCCGUACGACCAGUACAUGCACAAGUUUGCCGACUACUUCCAGCAGGGUGACAUGGAGUCCAACGGCAAGUUCAUCACCAAGAACUCGGAGCGCGUCGACUACCAGACCGGUCCCAUCAUCUGGGGUCAGGCUGGUACCAACGGACAGCAUGCCUUUUACCAGCUCAUCCACCAGGGAACCAAGCUUAUUCCCUCCGACUUUAUCGCUCCCGUUCAGACCCAGAACCCCUUGGGCAAGCACCAUGAAAUCCUCCUCUCCAACUUCUUCGCCCAGCCUGAGGCCCUCGCUUUCGGCAAAUCCGAGGCCGAGGUCAAACAGGAGCUCGGCGCUGAGGCCAGCAACGAAUUCCUCGUCAAGUCCAAGGUGUUCGAGGGCAACAAACCUACCAACUCGAUUAUGGUCGAAAAACUCACUCCCGCAACCCUCGGUUCCUUGAUCGCCUUGUACGAACACAAGAUCGCCGUUCAAGGUUUCGUUUGGAGCAUCAACUCUUACGAUCAGUACGGUGUAGAAUUGGGUGCCGUAUUAAGCCAUGCAAUCCUUCCAUCAGAGACUCCGAAAGAUGUACUGACUUCCAUUGCGUUUUUGCCACUUUUGAUCGAACAGGCAAAGGUUCGUGUCGACCCGUGCAAUUCUUCCAUCAAACUCCGGUUCUGA